AUGAAUCAACUACGCAAUGAGUUUCGUCAGCAAGCCACUCAGCCAGUCACUCAGCCAGUCACUCAGUCAGCCACUCAGCCAGCUACUCAGCCAGUCACUCAGUCAACCACUCAGCCAGAGCACCCAGUUGAACAGGAGGAGGAACCACUACAGGCAAUUGCGGAGAACACUGCGGAGAACACUGCGGAGAACGUUGCGGAGAAACCAAGCGACAGCAAGGCCCCCAGCACCAAGAACACGGCUCAGCUCUCCAAGAUCCCACGUCAUUUGCUCUCCACGAUCCCACGUCAGAUCGCCACUCAGCAAGCGGAGAACGACACUGCAAUUUGGCCUAUCAUCCCCACUACAUUAUUGUGGCACACAAUCACUGAGUUGAGCAUACAAGAGAAGGAUCUACUGCGACGCUCACAGCCAAACCACUAUGGCCCACUAUCAUUGAGGAGGAACAUCGGACGAUGCAUACUUGGACGAAUUGAAACCGUCUGA